AUCCCAUUAAACCUGGAUAUCCUUUAAUUUGGCUCGUUGUCAUUUGGCUUGACUGGGAUUUUUGGCGUCGGCAGAGAGCUCGCGUUAGGAAAAAUUCCUAACAGUCUUCCCCCAGCCCGACCGCUACAGCAGACGGGAGAAACUGGAGCGAUGGGGUCUACUAGGUCUUGGAUGAGUACAUCAGCAGUUGCUAGGUAAGAUGGGGAUUCAGAGGUAACACCAGACCCUAACCUAGCCACGCCUCAGGUGAAGGAAAACCAGGAACACCUGACUGCACCUGUGGCCAAGAUUCAUUCCAGCUGUUUUAGGGAAGUUACACUUUCAAAGAGUCCUCGUGGUUCGCGCCCCCACAAACUCUCACCCUCCCUCGAGAAGAUUCUCGCCUUAUGUUUCGCUCACUUAAAGCCAUAGUGGUCAGACACUGGGACAGCCAGCGAGAGUGGCGAGCACUGCUCAAGCGCAAGUCAGCGGGUCCUAGUGCGCACGCGCAGUUCUCUGGGCGGCCUCUUGCUUCAGCUCUCGCAGGGCAAGGCACCGCAUAACGUCCGGCUCCGCCCCUUGAGUUGCCAUGGAGACCCAGCGGCCAAAGCCCGCCCGGGACAGCGCCCUGGGCCUGGUGGCCUCUUGAGGGCUUUGCCUGGGAGAUGUUGCGCCUCACAGAGCUUUCCGGAAAGAGCGCGGACUCGGCGGAGAUGCGGUCCGGGGCCCUGGGCCACUGCAGGCACUUCUUUUGGCUGGGCGUCGCCUUCGAUACGGUGGGUGUGGCAGUGCUGUUCACUGGCGUCUUCGCCAACCUGUUUUUCUACGACAUGCUGCUCUAUCUGGGUUCCAUCAUCAUCUUCGUCAGUCUCUUGUGGUGGAUCUUCUGGUACACCGGCAAUAUCGAGGCGCUCCCGGAAGACCCCUUGAGGAGGACUUCGCCUCGCGCGGGAGAGGUCGGUAUGCACCGCAGCGGUAGCCGUCGUUUCUCACUGACCAUCAGGAGCGUCUCCAACACCUUCCGGCGGAUCCGCCGGCGGCGGCGGCGGCGGCUCCUCCCGAGGGUCCUCCAGAUGAUGAGUAGCUUCAGCUCGACCGACCUGGGCCAGCUGGAAGGGAACAGCGAUGCCGGGACCGAAGUUGGCAGAACUUCGUUCCAUCCGGCGAAGCCUGUGUCCAUUCUAAACAAGCUACAGCUUUGCUCAAUCCAGGCCUCUAAGAGCCUGCCUCUGGUCCCUUUGCAACAUCCUCUCACCAUUUGUACUUCUAGGAGUCAGCCUGUCUUUUCAGUGACCUCGCAGUGCUACCCUCUGGUGUCUGGAGCUUCUGGCAGCUACUCCCAGAUGGCUUUGUCCUCUGACAGUCAGGUGCCUGUGGACCUUGACCCUCAGGGGCGAUCUAAGAUCAGUGUGGCUUCUCGGAUCUACCCUGUGCAACGGGUAGACAGUCAGAGCCACCUCCUGGUGCCCGUGCCCUCUGAAAGUUCCCCUGUGGUACCCGUGACCUCUCAGAGCCAAGUGCAGGACUCUGUGUCCUCAGGCAGCUAUAUGACUGUGGACCUUGACCCUCAGGGGCGAUCUAAGAUCAGUGUGGCUUCUCGGAUCUACCCUGUGCAACGGGUAGACAGUCAGAGCCACCUCCUGGUGCCCGUGCCCUCUGAAAGUUCCCCUCUGGUACCAGUGACCUCUCAGAGCCAAGUGCAGGACUCUGUGUCCUCAGGCAGCUAUAUGACUGUGGACCUUGACCCUCAGGGGCGAUCUAAGAUCAGUGUGGCUUCUCGGAUCUACCCUGUGCAACGGGUAGACAGUCAGAGCCACCUCCUGGUGCCUGUGCCCUCUGAAAGUUCCCCUCUGGUACCAGUGACCUCUCAGAGCCAAGUGCAGGACUCUGUGUCCUCAGGCAGCUAUAUGACUGUGGACCUUGACCCUCAGGGGCGAUCUAAGAUCAGUGUGGCCUCUCGGAUCUACCCUGUGCAACGGGUAGACAGUCAGAGCCACCUCCUGGUGCCCGUGCCCUCUGAAAGUUCCCUUGUGGUACCAGUGACCUCUCAGAGCCAAAACCCGGGCUCUGUAGCCAAAGAAGGCCAGCUCCAGAAUCUUCCUUCUGCCUCUCAAACUUCUGAGAGCCAUACUUUGGGCAUGGAAGUUCCUGUGGUGCCACUUGGGUUUGCCCAGACUUCUCAAAGUCGUUCUUCACAUGUCCAGGAGGUUACUAAGAACUCAAGUGCUAAAGCUUCUGAGACUCUCCCAGCAAUCAGCCAGAAACUAGCUGAGGAACAACUUGACCCUUCAUUGUUUGUCUCUGAGGUCACACAUUCAGACAGGCAGUGUGACCCUACUGGCAACCUUCCAGCCACCAGUGGAGUGAGAAAAAGUCACCCUUUCUAAUAGGAAGCAGACCUCAGCCAUCUGAAUGUCUAUUAAGGCCUUUGCCAAGGCCAGGAACAACCGGUUUGGGUCCCGGCAAGACUGAUGAGAGAGCUGAAACGGAUACGGGACAAUGAGGAUGACCCUCGUGGUACUGAUUCUCCUCCUGUGGAUGCCAAUGAUAAAGUUGAAAAUGAUGCAACUGUGGGCAGUAACCAGGGCAUGGCCAAUACCUAUGCCAGUUCAUGCUAAUUCCUCCAUUAUCCCACCUUGUUUUCCACCUCAUGCGAUAUGGAAGCCCCUUGUAUGGUCCCAAGAGAUGAUAAGAUAGAACGAUUUAAUUCAACUAAAGUUGUGCUUAAUGGGACCUUUUGUUUUUCCUUAGAACAUAAAACCCCAUGCAUUCUGUUAAAACAAAAGAAUUUGAUUAAUUGGAUGGAUCCCUUGCUUUAUAGUCAGGUGAAUAUAGGCAUAUUGGCAUCAGCUUUAAAUAAGAUUGUUCAGGGUGCCCAAUCAGGCGGUGGUACAUCCAGUAAUGCAACUUCAGUUAACGUUACCACCUUGGCUAUGAAUACCACAUUGUUGGUGCCUAUGAAAGAUCCCUCUCUUAGAGAGUGUAAUAGCACUGAAUUUAAAGCAUCCCUACAUUGUGUCCCAGAUUUUUCUUUCCCUCCCACCUAUACUGCCUGUUAAGGCAGGACAUGGGAGGAGUUGCAGAUUUCACAGGGAUUCUCCCUUUCUCCAUCUAUGAAGAGAUAUUUUUAUAAUCAAUCAAAUGAAAAUUCUACGAUAGGGGACGGGUGGUCCUGGUAUCAAUGGUUGGUUUCCAAUGAGGCAGGAGCGACAGCAGACAUUUCUGCCUUAGCCCAAAUACAAAAGCUUACCACCCGGCUGAUUAAUGUUUCUGGUAUAGUUACCGAAACAUCCCUUGGUAGGCGACUUCGCAUACUUCAAGAGGAGGAGCUGGCCAAUACUACCUUGGUGGCAGCACCAGUGUGUGUACCUUCUCCUUUUGUGUUUCUGCUAACUAAUAUUACUAAUGCUACCCAAGAGGUUGAUUGCAGGAGUACCGAUUGCUUUCUAGCUCAAUGCUGGAAUGCUUCAUGGAACAUUGUAGUGGUUAUGAAGAUACCAACAUUUGUGCCAAUUCCUGUUAAAAAUGAUCCUGAUAUGUUCCCACUUGUUACUCUUCUACGAGAGCGAUGGGAUUUUGGAAUUACAGCCGCUAUAGUAACAGCGAUAGCGGUAUCAGCAGCUGCCGCAGUUACCGCAGCAGUGGCUAUGGCCAAUCAAGUACAAACUGCAGAAACCAUUAAUAAUGUGGUUGCACAGACCACUACAGUGCUGGAUACUCAAAGUAAAAUAAAUAGACACAUGCUGUCAGGCAUAGUGGCAGCUAAUCAAAGAAUGAUUUUUUACAAAGUCAAAUUGAUGAUUUGGCUGAUUUGGUUCAAAUGGGUUGCAUUUCGUAUCAAAAGCAUGUAUGCAUAACUCCACUUUCUUUUGAUAAUUCCAGAAAUGAAUCAAAGAUCCUAGGCGAAUUCCUUGCUGGCAACUGGUCCAAAGAAGCAGAGAACCUGAUCCAGGACCAGCUGUUGCAGAUUGCUACCUUGAAUGAUACUCGUAUACAGCCCAUGACCCUUGGACAAUUUACUGAUUGGCUGCAAUCUGCUUUUUCUUUCUUUAAGGAGUGGGUGGGGGUUGGCGUAUUCGGUGCCAUAUGUUGCCUCUGCGUGUUUCUCUGCCUUUGGCUUCUGCACUGAUUUCAUGCACGGCAAGCUCAGGACAAAGCAAUUAUAGUCCAGGCCCUUGCCGCCCUUGAACAUGGCACCCCCCCCUCAGGUCUGGCUGUCUAGCCUCAAGCAUGACCUAUAACUGGAUGUGGCCUCCACACCCCAUGUAGGGAUAAGCCCGCCCCUUGGGGGCGGGCUCCCCUCGGGCGAAUUGGGUGCACAGACGCUGCGCGCCCCUUCCUGCUUCUGGUACUCCGCGGGAACCUUGGUUUCGUGAGUCUGGUUUUGUCAUUAAAAUUGUUCAAAUACCUA